AUGCUUGCUGGGCAUUCAAUGAGUCAACUUGCCGCUUCCAGGCAAGCUGUAGAUAUAAACAUGAAUGUGCUCAUUGUGCUGGCAACCAUCCUGCCUUUCGUUGUAUCAAACGAUUUGUCACAAAACCCAGUGGUAGGGACUCCAGUAAGUCGGAUAACCCCGGUGAAGUUACCAGAAAUGCGCCACUACCUAGAGCUAUAUCCAAAGCGCCAGAUGGCGUGCCUCUUAGAGAGGGGUUUUGAAGUUGGCUUUUGGAUACCAUCAGCAGAUCCUGUAACCCUCAUAUAAUUUCCAAAGAAUUUAAAAUCAAUAGAUCUAAACCCAAAGGUAGUUAAAGAAAAAAUUGAGAAGGAACUUAAAUUGGGCAGAAUUGAUGGCCCCUUCGAUGAUCCUCCAUUCGAGGAUUUCAGAGUUUCACCGUUAGGACUUGUACCCAAGAAGGAGCCAGGAAGCUAUCGCUUGAUUCACCAUUUAUCAUAUCCUUUGGGGGCAUCUGUCAAUGAUGGAAUUGGUCCGGAGUUAUCUUCAGUUUCAUAUACGACUUUCGACCAGGCAAUAUCGAUAAUUCAAGAAUUUGGUCAAGGUUCAUUAUUGGCUAAAAGUGACAUCCAAUCUGCUUUCAGGCUACUGCCCAUACACCCUGACUGUUAUAAGCUUUUAGGCUUUCAUUAUGAAGGCAGUUUCUAUUUUGACAGAUGCCUCCCAAUGGGCUGUUCCCUUUCGUGCUUUUAUUUUGAAGCCUUUGCAUCCUUUUUGCAAUGGGUAGUUCAAUGGGAAACUGGUUCUAAAGGGGUUAUUCAUUAUUUAGAUGAUUUCCUAUUUGUCGGUCCUGCAGGUUCUAGUUCAUUUGGAAUUUUGUUAAGUACUUUUACGUGGUUUGCUAGGAAAUUUGCCAUUCCACUAGCUCUUGAAAAAACGAUACCCCCUACUACAACCUUGGAAUUCCUUGGUAUUCAGAUAGACACUGUAAAUCGUGAAUUUCGUUUACCCGAAGAGAAAGUAGCUAAGCUGAGAAGCAUUCUAAACUCAACUUUAAAAUCCAAGAAGGUUAAAUUAAAACACAUACAAUCCUUGAUUGGACAUCUGAAUUUCGCUACACGGGUUAUUCCUAUUGGUCGGGUUUUUAACAGAAGACUCAUUGCACUAACGUCGGGUCUAGAUAAUCCUAACUGGCACAUAAGAAUCCCUCAGGUAGUUAAAGAUGAUCUGAUUGUUUGGCAGGAGUUUCUAGAGAAUUUCAAUGGCAUUACUUAUUGGCAAGGAGAAUUGUUUGAGAAUGCAGCGUUGAAUCUGUAUACAGACGCAGCUGCUUCAGCAGGGUUUGGCGCUAUCUUUGGCACACAUUGGAUUGCGGAUGCAUGGCCAUCUUUCUGGGUUGAACUCAAGCUUACCAAAAAUCUAGUGUUACUGGAAUUUUUUCCACUGUUAGUUGUUUUGGAAGUGUGGGGCCCUCAAUUGGCUAACAAACGUAUUGUUUGGCACUGCGAUAAUAUGGGGGUGGUUCAAGUAGUUAAUAAUCUCUCUUCUAACUCCCCCCCAGUACUGAGAUUACUUAGACAGGCAGUAUUCCGAGCUCUUAAAUUUAACAUUUUGAUUCAAGCAAAACAUAUCCCUGGUUGUACCAAUGUUGUGGCUGACGCAUUAUCUCGAUUUCAGUUCAACGAGCUCUGGGAAAUCGCCAAUUAUUUGGACAAAGAAGGAACACCAUGCCCCCAACAUCUGUGGAAUUUAGUAUUGCCAGAAUUUCAAAAUGGUUAAGUAUGUCAUUGGCAGACAAAACCUGGCAUGCUUACAUCGCAAGCUGGAAUGAGUGGAUGAAGUUCAAAACAAGUUUUCCCAAAGAUCAUUAUCAAGGGGACAGUGACGUCUUAUUGUCUUUUGUACUGGAGCAAGUUGAGGCUCAGUACUCUCUUUCAGCUAUAACAAAAAAGUUAGCAGGCAUAUCCUUCUUUUUAAAGGUUCAAGUUUCUCCUCCUUUGGUCUGGAUUAUUGGACACUCUUUCGUCCACAGAGCAAGAGCUAGAGCAGAACAGCGAACCUACACAACUAAUUUAGGCAUUAAAGAUGUUAGAAUUGUUUGGAUGGGCAUUCGAGGCCUUAAAUGGCCAGAUUUAUUGCCAAUAAUUUUGCAAAUGAAAUCUCGUUGGGGUUUCCCAGCAAUUAUUCUGAUCCAUCUAGCUGGAAAUGACAUUGGAAAGGGUAGAAACAUUGAUUUAAUUCGUAAUAUAAAAAGAGACCUUGCUCAGAUCAGAUUUAUUUUUCCCAAUACUGUGAUAAUGUGGUCGGAAGUUGUGCCCAGAUUAGUCUGGCUUCAAGAUGCAGGCUUUCACCCCCUUGAGAGAUGCCGUAAAAAACUUAAUUUCGCUAUCUCAAAAUUUUCCAAGACAGUUAAUAUUUUGGUUUAUAGGCACUACGAGUUGGAACAAGGUUUUGAAGGCCUGUAUCGCGCGGACAGGGUACAUUUGUCAGAUAUCGGUUUUGACAUUCUGAACAUGGGAUUCCAAAGUGCAAUAGAGAGAGCUUUACAUGUGUGGGGAAUGGCCAAGGCCAAUGUAAUGGUUUAAUUGGCCUUGACGUGGAGGUAUGCUCCUGGCUAGGUGGAAAAUUGGCGGGGCUUAAGGAUAUUUGUUGUUAAUCUUUAAGGCGGUCCGCUGCAGAGAUCUGAUGCAGAGGCUGGCUGGGAAUAUAUGUAUGAGCAGGUAUUAGUAUCAUUAGCAAUGGUUAAUGUUCUGAUUGAUAUGAUAUUUAAUAAACAACAGCUGCGGCCAUUCUCCACCA